CUCUCAUUGUCACACAAACACAGCUCUCUCAAAACUACCCAUGGGCUCACUCAUGGUCAGAGCUGGGAAGAGCACUUGUCCUGGAGAGACCGGGAGAUCUAGACUUGUAUUUCCCCCAAAAGGCACCCGAUGAACUCCACCUAGAGCUAAAUGGAAGCAUAACACUGAACCACAGAGCCACAGAACCACAGACUACAGACGUGAAGCGACCUUUCUCAGUGCGAUGGACAACUCUUACACUCCAGAGGUCAAGUUCAGGCUGGAUCUGGGCACAGCUCAUCCUGCACCCACCACCCUGACCAGAGGACACUGGUCAAGCAAAAUGGAGUUCCUCUUGGCUGUCGCAGGACAAAUCAUUGGCCUAGGAAAUGUGUGGAGGUUCCCCUACCUAUGCUACAAAAAUGGAGGAGGGGUGUUCUUCAUCCCUUAUGUCCUCUUCCUGUUUGCCUGCGGCAUCCCUCUGUUUCUCCUGGAGACGUCUCUUGGCCAGUACACCCAACAGGGAAGUAUCACCUGCUGGAAGAAAAUUUGUCCCCUAUUUGAAGGGAUGGGUUAUGGCAGUCAGGUGGUUGUUUUAUAUUCCAGCAUCUACUACAUCAUCAUAUUGGCCUGGGCGUUCCUGUAUCUCUUCUGCUCUUUCAACUCUGAACUCCCCUGGUCGAGUUGCAGGAACAGCUGGAACACAGAAACGUGUGUGGAGUUUAAUCAAAACGCCGGUCACUUGAACUGGACUGUGCCUGUAAAUGCAACAUCACCAGUGAGAGAGUUUUGGGAGAGAAGAGUUUUGAAUGUCACAGGAAGUGUCCACGAGUUAGGCGGCAUGCGAUGGGAGCUGGCUCUGUGUCUUCUGCUGUCCUGGAUCAUCUGUUACUUUUGUGUCUGGAAAGGAGUGAAGUCCACGGGGAAGGUUGUUUACUUUACUGCCACGUUUCCAUACGUGAUGCUGGCGGUGUUGCUUGUUCGUGGCGUCACGUUGCCGGGAGCCUUGGAUGGGAUCAAGUUCUACCUCUACCCAGAUCCCUCCCGCCUCAGUGAUCCACAGGUGUGGAUGGAUGCUGGCACCCAGAUAUUUUAUUCCUAUGCUAUUUGCAUUGGUUGUCUAACUGCACUUGGCAGUUAUAACAAGUACAACAACAACUGUUACAAGGACUGUGUGUACUUGUGCCUUCUGAACAGUGGGACCAGUUUUGUAGCUGGCUUUGCCAUCUUCUCUGCACUUGGAUUUAUGGCAUAUGAGCAGCACACAGACAUUUCACAAGUGGCAGAGUCAGGUCCUGGCUUGGCGUUUAUUGCCUAUCCUCGAGCAGUCGCCAUGAUGCCCUUUUCCCAGAUCUGGGCGAUAUUCUUCUUCAUUAUGAUCAUCCUGUUGGGCCUGGACAGUGAGUUUGUAGGUCUGGAAGCCCUCGCAACAGCGAUAUCUGACAUGAAUCCUUCAUUCUUCCACGUUGGCCAUCGACGUAAAUUUCUCCUACUUGCUAUCUGUGUCGUCAGCUUCUUCAUUGGCCUUGUGAUGGUUACAGAGGGUGGACUGUACAUCUUCCAGUUGUUUGACUACUACGCCUGCAGUGGGAUGACUCUACUUCUCUUCGCCAUACUGCAGUCUAGUUGUAUUGGAUGGAUAUAUGGUGCAGACCGCUUUUAUGAAAACAUAGAGGACAUGAUUGGAUACAAGCCUUUACCUCUGAUUAAGUAUUGUUUGAAAUAUGUUACUCCAGUAAUAUGCCUGGGAACGUUUAUUUUCUCUUUGGUCAAAUACACUCCUCUAAAGUUCAACAACACAAUUGAGUAUCCAUGGUGGGGUUAUGCUCUUGGCUGGUGGUUCACUCUCUCCUCCACACUCAUGGUUCCUCUGUUUAUGUUGUACAAUGUGAUCACCACUCCUGGUACACUGCGACAGAGGAUCUCCAUCUUGUGUACUCCAUCUGAAGACCUGAACAAAUCAGAGAAGAAAGCACUUGAACUGCUCGACUUGACCUCUGCUCCUGACACUGUGGUGUCCUAGUGGCAACAAGCUAACUGGAGCAGCUUCAGAUUUACUGAACACUGAGAGGACAAAGAUCAGCCUCAAUCCACUGAUCCUACUUCUUUAAAAGAGUUACUAAACCCCAGAGUUUUGGCUUCAGUGCCUUCUUCCUGGAACUUGAAAAGUGUCAAAAAUGGGCAGGACUGGGAGCAGAUGUAAGACAUGCCCAAUCACUCCAUUAUGCCACCUCCCAAUCUGCAGCACUGCCCACCCCCAGUCUAUAACCUAUGAUUGACAGUCAAAUCGCUCUGACUGCAAUGCAUCAAGAAAAGUUCCCUGCAUCCAAGCUGUCCCUAAAUGAUUUUUUUAAUUAAUUAUUGUAUGGUUGUUGUUGUUGUUGUUGUUUUACAAAAUUACAAACCCUCUCUGUAAUCUUUUUAGUCUUGUCGCUGUCUCAAAGGGAUUUCUCUGUCCCUUUAAGAAACUGACUGAAUGAGACUGACUGAGACAUCACUUGGUACCAGAUCAGCCAAUAGCAAAAUUCAACUGCAGUUGCCAGGUUAAGACCUGUAGAGGGCAGUCACUGUGCAUAUUUAUUACUAUAAUUUUUGCACUCAUAUAUGAAGAUCUGGACCUGAAUCAACCAACAACUCUACCAUAUAUUUUGGCUUUCAACUGAAAAGCAGUGUGGGGGUUUAGCUACUCUUUAAAGCAGCGGUUCCCAAUCCUUCUGAUGUCUGACUACUCAAAGCAGUGCCUACUUGUUACCCUUCAAAUUUAUUAUGAUUUUACCCCAUAAAGCACUUCAGAGUCUGAAUGCCAAUGUCAGAGAAAUAUUUUCAAGAAUAUGGUAAAGUUAAUCUAAGCUCAAAGGUACACUGACUGUACAGGAACACUGGUUUUGUCCUUGAUUUCAGAGUCUGCCACAUCUCAUGGUCGUCAUUCUUCAGCUGUCUCAGGCGUCAUGAAAACUAGCGAGUAGCGCUGCAACUAAUGAUCACUCUCAUUAUCAAUUGAUUUUAUUUUUUUUUUACUCAGUUUGUUCAGUGUCUUAAAUGUCAGUGAAAUGCACAUCACGUCUUUCAGUAUUGGGGAUGAGCUAGGCUUCCCAACAUCCCGUUGCGUAUUAAAUUAUAAAAAAAUAAGUGUAAUUGUAAUCUGUUACAGUUCCUGGAAAAAAAAAUCACACUUACAAAUUAUAAUGUUGAUAUUACAAAGAGGUUGCAUCUGAAUGCUUUUCAGUUAAAAGCUUAUAUGUACCAAGUAUUUUUCAGCUUUAUUGCCCAGUUUAAAACAUUUGUCAGAAAAGUAAUCAAAUGUAAUAAGUUAUUUGAUGAUGUAUUUAAAGGGGACCUAUUAUGCUUUUCCAUAUUUUCUGUCAAAUAUAUAAUGUUGCAAUGUCUGAUGUUCAUAUUUAAUGUGGCCAAAGUUUCAAAUAAUAAGGUAAAUAUAUGCAGAGGUAAUAUUUGUGAGCAAAUACUUCAGGCUUCAGUUUGUACUAAACGCUCCAACAGUUUCCAACAGUUUUUCUAUUCUUGCGACAGUGUGAUGUCAUAGUGUGCCAGAUUUCCUUAUAUGGUCAUCUGCUUCAGGCAUGCUACUGCAAGUGAUGACAUUAUGUAGCCUAUGCUGCUACAUGAAGAUACAUGCUAAAGUCAGGGAAACGUGUAAUGUCUGGUUAUGUUUUGAAGCUUUUAUUGGUCAGUUUUCAUGAUAAAAAGUGGCGCUAUACUUCAUUAGUCAUACCCCUGGCUGCGAUGAUGGUGCAGAGAUGCUGAGUUAUGGAAGAACCAGAAACUGUAAUUCAGAGCAGACUGGGCUGUUUUGGAGAGGAGUGCUUAAAGAAACAGGCAUGAAACAGAGUGUUACAGACAUGACGAUGUCACAAUGACGUCAGUUUAUUAGCUAGAGGCAAAACACAACUCGCCACCACAGGACUGUGGGCUACAUAGGAGUCUUGAAAUGUCGUCUUGUUGUGUUGUUGGGAGCCACAAUAGAAGGACUCAUGACUCAAAACUUAAAUUUUAUCACAUUACAGCCUCCACUGCCCAUCAUCAAUAACAAAGACGACAAUGGCUAAAUGUUAACGUGACAAGUCGGAAGGCGAUCAUCAAAAAUGCUCAUAUGUGCAGAGCACACUUCAUAUCAGGUUAGGGAAAAAGUAAGGUAAAUGUUGUGUGUAUUAAGGGUUAUCAUGUCCACAUAAUUAAACAUUGAGAGGGUAUUAAGGGGGAAAAUUGGAUUUCUCUGUAACUUUAAUUUGUUAGCGCAUUAGCUAACAUUAGUUUCGAUAGCAAUACAAACUGGAGGAAACUGUUUAAGUGUUGUCCUCCUUUGUAAGAUUGGCAUAGUGAUCAACCACAAAGCUUCCUGUGACAUCAUCCAUCCACUGAGUGAGAGCACAUGGGUCGGCCAGUCUGGUCCCGUUGGUCAGUGAUUAUUCAUUCAAGUAACACUCUCAGUCUCACAGAGUGAGUGACCUGACACGGUGCGUUCGUAAAUUCAGCCUGACGCUCUUCACUAAAAUAAGAGCCCCGUUGGUUGGAGAAAUGGAGCAUUACAUUUCUAUAUAAAUGACACACGUUAAGUAAUCACACAUUGACUCCACUCGGUGCUCGCAUCAUCUUCCUCCACUGUCUAAAACAAGCCAACAGAACUUGCUAGAUAGUGCUUGCUAAUGUCUGUAGAGAAUUGUUUUGCCUCCAGCUAAGCCCCGCCCACCAAAAAUAUCACACUGUUUACUACAGUAAAAGGGUCUAUAAAUAAAAGUGUUCCAGCAGAGACAGUAUAUGGAAAAUAAAGUGAUUUUAAAUGUUAAGCACGUAAACACGUUCUAGUAGAAAUCUUAAGUGUGAACCUGGAAAUGAGUGCAAUAGGUCCUCUUUAAAAUAGUUACAUUACUUAUUACAUAUUUAACAGUGUAUAAUCUGUAACCUACUAUUACUAUACUAUACUAUUACUAUAAUAUUACCUACAAUACUAUUUCAAAAGUAACCUUCCCGAGACUGAUGUCUUCAGAUGUCUCAAAGACAUUCAAUUUACAAUACUAUAAUACAGAAAAAACAACAAAUCCUCACAAUUAAUUGGUGAUUGAUGAUCGAUUAGUAUUCUUAGUUGUAUCAGCUCUGUUAGGAAGUGGACCUCAAGACUUAGCAGUUACGAAUGAACAGCAACACCUGGAUUCAAACUCAUAUUUAAAUUGUUACCAAUGUAAAAAAAAAAAAAAAGUGUGAAAUAAUGAGUGUUUUUUGUUUGUUUGUUUUGUUUUAACUGGGUUGUGUAACUAUUUGGAGUGAAGUAACACUGAGAAACAUUUGCCAAAUAAGCCAUACAUAUUGAACACUUGAGGCACUUUUAGGUCACUGUGAAUGAUGUAAAUUGAAUUUGUCAUUAAAACAAAGCAGUGACAUGAAAGAGGAGAAGUUGUCCAGCAGUAAAGGUCUGACUCACCGCCUACACCUUAGCCUACUGAGCAUCAGGCUGUCCCAACACUUCACGUGUUCCUGACCCGUGUAAAGCACUGCUGCCGUAAAAAUGUGGAUGAGGUAAUAAUUCAGCAUUUACAACUUUGUAGAUAAAACCAACCAGUAACACUGGCAGGCUGUGCUGUGAUGAUGGAAGCAUCAAAUGCUAAAGAGAAACACCAAGCAGAGUUUUGUUGAUUCUAAUUUCACUGUAGUCUCAACGCUAAGCUUGUUCAAUGAUAGUUUUUAUACAGAACGUGCAGGCUAAUAUUCAUAUCAUUUUGUAUUUUUUUUAUCACAAAGCAUUGAAAUUUGUGGCAAUAGUCAUUUGUGUAACACAUAAAUGCUGUGAUAUGAUAUUUUUCACAUUUAAGAAUCAAUAAUUUGUUUUUUUAAAGAAAAUGUCUGUUUUAAAAGACAUCUGUUGCACCUUUUGUGUAAAUUCAUGUUAAAAUUGAGAAUGUCACAUUUUACAUUGCCUAUUGUUAACAGUAAAUACAUCAUGAAUAACCAGCGAUGUUUUAUCAAUGAAAAUGUUUGUGGUAUUGUUUGAAUGAAUGAUAGGACUGAUGUGUAAUAUGUUGUUUAUGAUUUAAAUCUUAUUCAACAAUGUGCCAUUUUUUUAAAUGCUAUCCAUGAGUGAGGCCAUCUGGUGUUCAUGUGAUUACUGAUAGGCUUCGGUAAACUGAGGGUUUAUUAUUACUGAUUUCCUUGUUUUUAUAUACAUAUUUGCAGAAACUGACUGACAACAAUCAGAACAUUGAUCAAAUUAAAUAAAAUAAGGUACUAGAAAUUCAAGUAAAACUAUUAACAGACAUUCAGUAAUGAUCAGUUACCAGUUUGUUGUUUAAUGAUCAUUUUUGGACUCUUUUUUAGUCCAUGGAAACCAUGGAAAAUAAAUUCCUUAAUAAAUGUGAUUAAUAAAAAUGUUAAUAAUUUAAAUUAAUUGAAUUAAAUGGCAGUGAUUCAUGAAUUAUGUCUUUGGUGAAUGUUACAGACACAGAUCCUUUCUGGGUGGUGCCAUGUUUAGAGCU